GCCCUUUUGGCGUAUCCCUCCGCGGCGCCGGCGCGCCGAUUGGCCGCGACCCCCAGCGCCGCAGAGGCGCGAUGCGGAGGUGCGGCGGUGAUUGGGCAGCGGGUGAAUGUGUUGCGGCGCGGCGGUGAUUGGGCAGCGGGUGAAUGUGUUGCGACGCGGCUCUGGAGCCCAGCGCCCGGGGGCCGCGGUGAGUUGCAGAAAACUCGCUCCGCUCGACGUGGGCUUUUUUUUUUAAGAACAUGAAGUAGUGGCUCUUUUUUUUUAUUGCUACAUGAGUUGCCAGCGCUGGCGAUUGCAGUCCAACUGUGCUGCUGCAAUUUUACCUGUGUGUGAUGUUGGACAUGGGAGAGAGGAAAGAAGUGAAAAUGAUUCCCAAAUCAUCGUUCAGCAUAAACAGCCUGGUGCCCGAAGCGGUGCAGAGUGACAUCCGUCACCGAGCUGCCCCCGAAGACCAGGACAAAAACAUCUUGCCAGCCGUGGACUCCAAGUCUGAGAACCUCCUCAGUAAAAGUGACAGUUCGGCCGAGCCGCCCUGCUCGGAAGAUAAGGACAAGCAGGAGGAGAAGAAGGCCGAGGGCAAGGAAGGGGAGCCAGGCACCAAGGAAGGGGAGAAGAAGAACGGCAAAUACGAGAAGCCUCCCUUUAGUUACAACGCCCUGAUCAUGAUGGCAAUCCGACAGAGCCCCGAGAAGCGGCUGACCCUCAAUGGCAUCUACGAGUUCAUCAUGAAGAAUUUCCCCUACUACAGGGAAAACAAGCAAGGCUGGCAGAACUCCAUCAGGCACAACCUGAGCCUCAACAAAUGUUUCGUGAAAGUUCCUCGGCACUACGAUGAUCCCGGGAAGGGGAACUACUGGAUGUUGGAUCCCUCCAGCGACGAUGUCUUUAUAGGUGGGACGACGGGCAAACUUCGCAGAAGGUCCACCACAUCAAGGGCAAAGUUGGCUUUCAAGCGGGGAGCGCGCCUCACCUCGACUGGACUGACAUUCAUGGAUCGGGCAGGUUCCUUGUAUUGGCCCGUCUCUCCAUUCCUCUCCCUUCAUCACCCCCGAGCAAGCAGCGCACUAAGCUACAAUGGGACCACCUCACCUUACCCCAGUCACCCGAUGUCCUACAGCUCGAUGUUGACUCAGAACUCUCUGGCAAGCAACCACGCAUUCCCAACAUCAAAUGGGCUAAGUGUAGAUAGACUUGUGAACGGAGAGAUCCCCUAUGCCACUCACCACCUCACGGCCGCCGCCGCCUUGGCUGCCUCUGUACCAUGUGGGCUCUCGGUUCCUUGCUCGGGCACAUAUUCGUUAAACCCUUGCUCGGUGAACCUGUUGUCAGGACAGACAAGUUACUUUUUCCCCCACGUUCCUCAUCCUUCAAUGACUUCUCAAAGCAGCACUUCAAUGACGGCCAGGACAGCGUCCUCGACGUCUCCACAGGCGUCUUCGACUCUCCCCUGCGAAGCUCUCAGACCUUCUUUGCCAAGUUUCACAACGGGACUUUCAGGAGGACUUUCCGAUUACUUCACGCAUCAAAACCAGGGGCCCUCUUCAAACCCUCUAAUACACUAACAAACCCCUCCGAAAAAAAGACUGUAAGUUAACAUUUUACACACAUUUGCGUUGUAAAUAAUUCUCAAAAAUAAGAAGCCCAGGUAUUUUUAUUCGUCCCCAGUUUUUGUCCGCAUUUUGUCAAAUCCCGUCGGAUUGUUUGUUUAUUCAAUUUCAGCAAUGUGCAAUUUGAGGCGGGUUAGAUAGGAAGCCACUAGUUAAAUUAAUGUAGACUGUGUAUUUAAAAUGACUGCAUUCCAACUAAGUUUAAAUUAGGCAGGGUCUGUUUCAAAUGUUCCAGCAUUAUUCACGUUUGCAGUAUUAUAAGUUAUCAUUGCUUUGUUGCUAGCUGCUGAUGCCAGUAUUAGCGGUAACAUUUUUUUUUACAUCAACAAUUAUAAUUUUUUUUUUUUUCAUACAUAAUCUUACGUAAAACAUAACGCCUAACCUCUCGGUCAUUUUUUUCCCAUUUGGUUACAAAAUGGUCCAUGUUUACUUUUAGACCAAAGACGGGGCUAGAAAUGCACUCCUUGUUUAAAACGAACAAGUACUUUGAAAAUAAUCCCUAUAUCCAGUUUACAACACUGCCUGCAAAGAAUCAGAAGGGGACAAUAUUGAUGAAUGCCUUUAGUUUGUGUUGUGCAUAAUUCGAUGUAUGUGGUCACUAACAGGUCCCUUUUCAUUUAUUUCUGUAAAUGUAGUGAAACGUGUAAACCUAUUGUACUACAAAGAUAAAAAAAAACCUUGCGGACGUGUAACCUGUGUUGCUUAAAUGCCUCAUGAAUUCCUCGAGUGAUUGUUAAUGUCGUCUCUAAUUUUCAUGAUUGUGAUAUUGUGAUCAUAUGCCCGUGUUGUCACUUAAAAUGUUUACUAUACAGAAGGCACCGAAAUAAAAAAAUAGGUUACAUUCAGAAA